AAGAAGAACUUCCGCAAUUUAGGCUCCCUUUCAUUUCAUACUGCCUUGAUCCACAUAUAAAGCUUGUACACACUACACACUAGAGCACUUUACAUCCUAUAGAGAACCAUUUGGAAUUAAAUCAGUGAAGUGCGGUUUUGUUUCCUCUUCAGCGGCUGUUGUAUUUAAUGAGCGAGAGAAUAGAGAGUAUAUAUUUAAGGUAGAACAAAAAGGAGAUAAGAAUGUCAUCUGAUGAAGCGGACGACUGGUUUAUGCAGUCCUUUACACUCUAUAAAGACCUGCAUGAAUUUCAGCUCGAGCAUCCGACAAAAACUAUUGAGUGGACAGGAGAAAAAAGUAUAUGUGUUGCAGGUUACAUGUCAGAGAAGAAUGAAAUUUUAGAGCUGUUGUUGCCUUUGAAAUUGUAUGCAAAGGGGAAUAAGGGACUCUGUCCAGAGCGUGACUUUAAAGUGCAGCAUGGUGGAUUUAGUGAAGAGCCGGUUGAGUGCCUGAAACACAUCUUUGGUAAACGAUGUGUGGUGACUAGUGGGCAUUCUAAUUCCGAAAUCCAGGUCUGGGACAUUGGAGAUGAUGAUAGUGAUGUUAUCAAGAGAACAGGAGUUAUAAACUGCAGUCACACAUCAGCCAAAGGAAGAAAACUUGCUUCGGGUUUCACUCAGAAUCCUUCUGUUCUUCACGGCUCUACAAUACAUGAUGUUCAACAGACUGAUAUAAGCUCAGGGGGAAAGCUUUAUGCAGUAGAAACAGACUCAUUGGAUAUAGUGAGUGGUCUGCAGUUUGUGACUGAUAAUACAUUUGCUAUUUGUGCAACUAAUGGCACUCUGUAUCUGGGAGAUUCAAGAAACCCAAAAAUCAAUCAUUAUGCUCUCUCAAAAAGUUCAACUGGCUCACAUUGGACUUUUGGAUUGAGGACAGUUGAAGCACAGUGUGACACUGCCUCAUGCACUGUAGCAAGACUUUCCUCUUCUGGUCAGAUAAUCGUGUCUGAUCUACGAAACCCGAGCACUCCAAUCAGCCAGGCUCAGCUUUCCCUGCAGCAAAAUGAUCUCAGUGACGAGUUUGUGACGAUCACAUGGGCUCCUGCUCUGGAUGACCUUCUUGCGGUGUCAGGAUUUGACGGAUCAGUGCAAAUCUUUGACACAAAAAGCUGGAGCACCGAUUCACAGACGCCUAGGCCCGUUUUUGUUCAUCGGGGUCACAACUUAUCGUGGAAAGAAAAGGCUGAUGCCACUCUUGUGGUCACAACUCAUGUGUGGCAUCCAUGGCGGCCAAGAACCUUGCUCUCUGCAGCUUCAGAUGGAUCUAUACAUGUCUGGGACUGGGUAGAGCAAGAUAAUGAGAGCACAGAAAAAUGA